AUGAUGAAAUAUUUCUGCGUUAUCAUCCCAGAAGAAGAAUUCAAUGAAGCUCCCUGUGUUGUUGAAUGCGAGGAAGAGGUACUCAGUCCUAAGGUCAUAUACGUCACUUCCGCCACGCCGUGUAAUGAGUAUCUGACGGAAAAUACGGCAAAGAGGAAUAUACCUGAAGUUACAGGCGGUGGCAUAGGUCCCCUGAGAGAAGCCAAGAGGUUGAAUUUAUAUAAGAAUAUGAACCAGAAUGCCGAAGACUCUUUUGGGAUGCGCAAUUCCAAAAGACCCUAUUCAUAUCUCCUCCUUUUCCUCCUCCUUUUUAAUUUUCUUCUUCGUCUUCUCUUUCUUCUUUUUCUCCUCCUCCUCCUUUCCUCCUCCUCCUCCUCUUUUUCCUCCUCCUCCUUCUUCUUUCCCACUUUUUCCUCCGCCUCAUUCUUCUUUCCCCCUUUUUCCUCCCCCUCCUCCUCCUUUUCUUCUUCUUUGUCACUGAUUUCUAUCUAUCUAUCUAUCUAUCUAUCUAUCUAUCUAUCUAUCUAUCUACCCAAGUUCGGUAUCUAUCUAUCUAUCUAUCUAUCUAUCUAUCUAUCUAUUGCCAAAUUAGUCGGAUGUUUACUUUCAAGCCCGCGUGUCAGGGUGAGGCCAACAGUCCAGACCCGACAGGAUCCAGACAAUUUAACUCUAUUCAUCGAUUUUUUCUCUCACCUGUUGCUCCACCCGACCGGCCAUUUCAACUUUCUUUUGUGCUGUCUCUAUCCGUUGCCACAUGUAUUCCGCUACACUUGCUUACAACAAGUCGUUGAGGAAUAUUUUUUGAAUCUUUCUUUAAAUUUUUCUUUCUCGCUUUCUUUCUUCUUUGUGUUUAUUCAUUUUUGUUUUGUCUUUCAAUUGUUUUUCUUUUUUCAUUCAUUGAUUAAAUGUUUCACUUUUUCCUUUCUGUUCCUUUCGAAUAGCAAAUGUAAAUGCUCAACAGACAGACCGUCCUCAACUUUGGCAGCCAUAUUUUUAUUGCUUUUAGAAUUACUUUUCUUCUGUCAUAACGGCAAGACGAAAAAGAAAAAAAAAACUUGUUCAUUCUAUGAACUUACACAAGAAAAACUCACACAUAUCUAUCUAUCUAUCUAUCUAUCUAUCUAUCUAUCUAUCUAUCCUCCUUUCAUUCUAAUCUUCAUUAGUAAUUAUGAAAACGAAUAUCUAUCUAUCUAUCUAUCUAUCUAUCUAUCUAUCUAG